AGUGGUGAUUGUGGUGAGGCAUUGUUAUGGUCCGAUUUGCUCUAAAUAUAAGCCUACGGUUAAAAAUCGUAUGUGAAUGUUAAUGGAAACACUUUUCGAACUACUUGUACAGAUAAUAAAUCUACCACAAACCCAGUGUGACCAACUUAAAAGCUCUAAAUGUUACUAUCCUGAUAUCCUCGACUAUCACUCUAUCCUUCACUGUGUAAACACGUCACACUCUAAAAUAUUUGGUUUUAUCAAAGACACGCUACACGCAAUUCUGUCCAUUAUUAAUAAGAUUAAAUAGUUAUAAGUAGUGAAUGUUAAAAUACUUAGAAUAAAAUAAUACUUUAAUUUGGUAAGCUAAGUACACCUUGUAUGUAAAUGAUCACUGUCCAUUUAAUGUAAGCUAUUUCAUUAAGCAUGGUAAUUGUAAAAGACGCUAAAAUGUUAAGAACUUAAGAUUCCAAUAAAACCCAUAAUUUUUAUAGCAUCUGCAAGUUUUCAGAAUGCCCAACACAGGUGUUCAUUCACUAAUCACGCUUUACGCGAGUUUAUCAACAUUAAUAGAAUCCCUCCCGCCAGACAUUAAGAAUUAAUUUAGAAAUUCGUAAGCUUAAAUGAUUAAAAACAAACAUGGCUUGUAUUUCAAAAAUAAUACAGAUACAUACCGCACCCAUGAUUUACCUACCUACUGCCUUCGCUCUUUGAAAUGAAUCGCCUAAAGUCAUAAACUCAAUAUACCUACCUUAAAAUAAAAAAAAAACUUGUUGAAACGAUAGCAUAAUGAAUAGUCUUUUAGUACUUACUUAUAGUACUUAACUGUAGUUUCGCAGUAGGCUUAGUUUGAUGACAGCGGUCAGCAUUUUUAUUAUGAAUAGAUAAACUUUAUUAUUUUGUAAGUAAAUCAAGUCCUACUGACCACGUUUCCAGCUUCAGCUUGCUUCAAUUAUCUCCUUAAUAGUCCAGCCUUUGAAAUUAAUUAUUGGUAAAAAUAAGUUUUAGGAAAUUAUGUUUUAGCGUAUCAGACGCAAUUUGUUGUAGAAAUAUAUGAAAACUCAUUAUUUAUUAUAAUGUUAUCUACGUAACAAAUACGCUACUAUGUAUUUAUUUUCAAUUGAAGUUUUGUUAGAAAACGUAUUGUCAAAAGUAUUUUAUUUAAAUUUCCCGCCCUGGACCAAUGGUCACAGAUAGUAAAUCUAACAUAGAUUAUAGAUUCGUUAUACAUGUUUAAAAUUGUUAUUAUUAUUACUUCUUAAUGUUUCACGAUCCAUAAAUUAUUGUAUAAUUACGUAAAUAAAAUGCACAGCUUUUUCAAAUAUCCACUGACUAAGGUGAUUAAAUGUUUAACUGUUGUUUAUAAUAUUUAAGUACUUAUAAAUUUGUUGUGCAGGAAUAUUGGUUUGCAUGACAUGUGUUCUUUCAAUACUUUACACAUUAGGGCAAUAAAGCCCUGGAAUGAAUUAUUGUUAUGCUAAGUAUAUGGUGCGUUUGUAUGUAAUGAAAUGAUCUUGAGUAACGAAUAAAUUGCAUUGAAUAAA